AUGAGUUCCUACGCCCCUACAAUGCAGUCUCAAGAUGACCUUGCAGCCCUCUUCUCUCGCAAUCUAACCUUUAACCCAGAGGUGCAGAGCCAAGUACAGUCGCCCAAGCCAGAAGACGAGCUCAAGCAGACCCCUGACCCCGCCCCCACCAACGCCGCACCAACUCCGGCCCCCAUCAUCUACUCCAUCACCCAACACUACACCCACUCGGCGCACAUUGCUCGCCAGCCACAAUCUCAACAUGUUCCUAUUCAACGUCCCUCGUCAGAACCUCCUCAGACCGAGCAGUUGACUCCCGAGAUUGUCCUCAGCCAGCACGGCGUUGACCCUUCUGUCCUCUCCCCCUCCCAAAUCCAGCUCUUCCGAAUCUCCGAAGAACCCCACCAGCUACGUCUGAUCGAAAUCUGGCGUGCCGCGCCGCCUACCUCGAGCACAGAAAACCCCUCGCUCGCCUGGACGAGCACCACUCUGGAGCAGGAGGAGCAGCUGGCGAAGCUGCGGUAUGAGCGUCUGGAGGCGGAGAAGCAGCAGCAGCAGAACGCUGUCAUGAGCCUCGAUGGCACCCCGGUUCAGUCGGACGACAGCCGCUGGCUGGCAAACUCCAUCUCCCACCAGGUCGAACCCUACAUGAUGUCUGGCUACGAGGAGAUGAUGCGCCGCGAGUACGAGCGGGAGCAGGUUGAGGCCCGCCCCAGCGGCAACUACUCUCACUGUGGCUCCGUCCUCGGCGGUUAUAAGCCGGCCACCGACCCCGUCUACAAGGGCUUCGGCGAUGACUGGGCCAGGGAGCAGGCGCUUCAAAUGCAGAUGCAAAUGGAGAAUCAGUACGGCGCCUUCCAGCAUUAUGGCGGCCAGGCGGGUAACAUGGAGGCCAUGGAAAUUUUGUAA